AUGAGUGGCAUCGACAAGUACUUGGAACAACUCUGGCAAGGCGAUUUCGUCACUGAACAAAUAUUUAAAGAAGUUUUCUACCCAAAAGCAAAGGAAGUGUUAUUAGCAGAAAAGAACGUCGUUUCAAUUGCUCUUCCCGUCACCAUUUGUGGCGAUUUGCACGGCCAAUUUCCCGAUUUGUUAGAGCUUUUUAGAGUCGGAGGAAGAGUCCCAGAGACAAACUACAUCUUCAUGGGCGACUUUGUCGACCGCGGGGUUAACGGGAUCGAAGUCUUCCAACUCCUCCUGGCACUCAAAAUACGAUACCCCAAACGAAUCACUUUAUUACGUGGAAACCAUGAAACGCGACAGAUCUCACAGACAUAUGGCUUCUAUGAGGAAUGCCUCAAAAAAUUUGGGAGUCCUGAGAUGUGGAAAAUGUGUUGCGACUUGUUUGAUAUGCUUUCGCUCUCUGCUGUCAUCGACGGGAAGAUCGUAUGUGUCCAUGGUGGGCUUUCCCCCGAGAUCAAAACUAUUGACGACAUUGCUAAAUUAGACCGACUGCACGAAGCCCCUGCGAGCGGAUCGAUGUGCGACUUGAUGUGGUCCGACCCUGAUAAUGACGUUGAGACGUGGAAACCAUCGAUUCGAGGAGCUGGAUAUCUCUUUGGACAAAAAGCGGUUGACGAAUUUCUGCUGGUGAACAAAUUGGACUUUGUGGCGAGAGCCCAUCAAAUAGUGAUGGAGGGAUUUGAAUGGAAGUUGAAUAAUAAAGUCUGCACAGUAUGGUCUGCACCGAAUUAUUGUUAUAGAUGCGGGAAUAGAGCGUCAGUGCUUCAGUUGGACGAUACGUGUAAUCAAACAUUUAUGUUAUUUGAUGCGGCACCGGAAAGCGAAAGAAAUAGAACGGCACACCAGGCUUCAUCCAAAAUGUUUUCGGUAUUCAAUUCCUUUGUCGACUAA